CCAGCCUGCAGCAGCACACGGUCUCCUGGGGCAUUAACCUGUCGCGUGUGGGAUACCUGAAGACAGCCGGAUAUCGGCUUCCGCGUCAAUUAGGAGAGCGCGGGAGCAGCUGUGUGGCCGGCUCUUCUUGUGUCCGCUGCUGAGGGGGGCAGAGCACUUGUGUUGCCGGGGGAAGAGAAAGUCCAAGCAGCUAUGAUGGUUCAUCCGGCUUCUGCCACAUCACUCAACAGCAACUUCUGACCAAACCUGAUUCAGCAAACCAAAGAUGUCAGCGUGCGGCGACUUUGCAGAACACGUGUGGAAACCUGGCUCUUGCAAGAACUGCUUCCACCCACGCAGUGCACACCACAAGACUGCCGGCGGCCUGGGCGGCAGUGUGCCAGCCGCUUGUUUGAAGAGCAUCCUGGGAGGCGAUGAAGAAUCUGGAGUCAUAGCGCCUUCACCCUACAGCAAGCCGACCAUCGCAGUCAGACCCACGAUGAUGAGCCUCGACACCAACGAGUCAAUGAGCGACCUCACCAUGAACAUAGAGCAGGAGAACGCCAAGAGCCCAGUUGAGCGUAUGGGCUUGAAGAAACUCUUGGACCUGUCGUCUCUUUACAUCGACAGUAACGGCUGCAACAAGACCCACAGAGAGGCCGCCCUUCAAAGCCCUGAAACCAAGAUGGACUACAGCAACUGCUUCUCUCUGGCUUCAUUAUCCCCCAACAUCCUGCCGAAAGACUCCAUGAUCAUCAGCAAUAUCUUUGUCACCCAGGAGGAGGGUAGAGGUUCUCAGAGUAUAAAGAAGAGCGCCAAUGGAGACAUCUGUAGGGAGCAGAAUACAACAAGCUCCAGAACUAAGAGCACUUAUAAUGGAAUUGGUGUGACUGCCAGGGCAAAUUGUCACGAGUCCCACCUGGCCUCCGUGGAGAUACCUUUUUCUGUGGAUAUUGUCACUUCCAGUCCGACUGCAGUUCAUAGCAAUGGCAUCAGCAGCGGGAAUACCGCUGCUGUUCCAACUAAGACACCCAGCACUUCUACUACUUUCCUCACCACAGCCUUGAGUGUGGACGCCGUUAGCCACAACCCUCCCCCAUCCCUCCACUCUCCGCCCGUCCUGUCUGAACAGACCAGUCUAUCGGACUCCUCCUGUUCUUACCGAAGUAGUACAGAUUCACUUCCUGGGGCCGAGUGGUCUGGAGGAAGACGAGUUAAGUCGGGGAGCCCCCAAAGCCCAACGGCCAUGGGUAGCUUCCAGUCAGCUCCCAGCUCUCCGAAUGAACAAGACUCGGAACCCAUUUAUGCACAGAGCACCAAGAAAAAGCGCAGGCCAGAAGGAAAUGGGGUGCAAUCCCAUCUUGUGUCCCCAACCCGGACUAAGAACUCAUCCAAGGGCUCUGAGCUGUCAGCUGAGAGUCAACGGGCCACCAUCACAGUGAUGGCCGCUCACACGGAGCAGAACAGGACGAUCUUCCUCAGCAGUCCAGAUUCAGCCAUCGGCACCCAAUGCCACUUCAGCCCCACAGCACGUAAAGACCCCAGCAGCCCGGCUUUCCGGUGGCCCAGCCCCAGCCAUAGCCACAGCGCACCCUCGUUGGUCCCAGAAGCCAGCCUUACCCCAACUCUCCACCCCAAGCCUCAGUCCAGCCCGCCCAUUCCCCCGAAAAGGACCUCCCGUUCCCCGAGACUGGGCGCCUCCAGCCUCUCACCGUCCAUCUGUUCUCCCGUCCCUCUUCCAGAUCUCCCGAGACUGGGCGCCUCCAGCCUCUCGCCGUCCGUCUCUUCUCCCGUCCCUCUACCUGAACUCCCCGUGCUCUUCCUCGUCUCGGCUAGAGAGGGCCACUUCAAGGUCCACGCAGAGAGCCACAGCGCAGCGGUGUCUGAACGCUGGCACAAGCCCCACCACCACAAUGCUGGCUGGAACUGUCGCAUAGAGGAAGAAGAGGAGGAGGACGAGAGAGAGCCCAAAGAGGGACAGAAGAAGAAGUUGACCGCCCACCCAGGGACAACCUCUCGGGUGGCAUGCUUGGUCAAUGGUGCUGCUGUCUGGAAGAAGGCCAGGGACUCGAAGGCCCACAGCAGCCCCCCUCCAAUGACAGAGCCAGGCACGGCCCCCCCAGCUGCCCCCAACAAUGGUCCCUGUCAGGGCGAGACCGAGAGCACCGGUGCAGAGGAGGAGGGCAAGCAUAACGGGAGCAUGCCGUCCAAGCAACCGUUUCAUGGCGGCUCAUCAGAGCUGCUGACGGCAGGAAAGGGAGCCGCCAACAAUGAGCCCCAUCCUCCACCACCUCCACCCAAGAAGCUGCACAGAGUCAGUAGUAAGAUGAGCGGCAGCAACAUGGAGCUGGAUCGCUGCAGCCAGCGAGGGUCAGCGGGGAGCCCCACUUCCUCUCUGCGGGGCUUGGGCUCCAGCCUCUCCACCGCUUCCACUGACAACCUGACUGGGGACACUGGUUAUCGGGAUGCCACGCGGCACUCUUGUUCCUCUCCAUUCUCCAGUAGUCCAGUGGCCUCCGCUCCGGGGUCUCCGCACCAGCCCUCCUUCAGCAGCUUCAGCAACCAGCCGCCUCCACUCCCGGAGAAGAAGAUGGUCAACCGCACCGUGUCGGCCCCCGACAGCGGGAGGCCCUUUGUCCCAGCCUACCCGCGCCUCCCGUUCACGGGCUCGGAGAGCAACGUGUGUCGGCCCGCCGAUGUCGGCUGCCGCUCCAGCUUACCGUCCAGCCCCGUGGAGCCCCGCCCCGUGUUCUCCUCCAGCGAGUCUCUGGAGCGCUGCCACGCCCCGCUCGGCCGAGCCUCGAGGACCCGGACGCUGGACGAGCCGCCGAAGCCCCCGGGGCGUCUGGGCGUCCACUGCCGGAGCAGCGUCGCCUGCUCCUCCUCCCCCCAGCUCAGCGUGCCCUUCUCGUCCUCCGAGCCCAACGGGGGCUCCAGCCUGCAGCUCCAGACGCUCCUGAGUAACAUCGACAGUCGGGAGGGGGUGUACUCCAAACUGGGGGGCCUGUACGCCGAGUCUCUGCGGCGCUUGGCUCUCAAAUGUGAGGAUCACUUCACUCGCUCCCAGAGGAACCCGCUGAGGUUUGAGGAGAGCAACUGGUCUCUGUUCAGGCUCACCUCCAACAAGCCCAGCUGCAUCUCGGGCGAUGCCGUGUUCUACUCUGCCGCCUGCGCCUCAGACCCCAGCAACGCCUACGCUGUGAAGAUCUGCAAGAGUCGGGCGGCGGAGGCCACGCAGGGCCACCUGUACGGCCUGUCGGUCCAGCAGAGCAUGCCGCCGCACUUCAACCUCCAGCAGGACUGCGGACACUUCCUGGCCUGCGUCCCCCAGAGCAUGUUGCCGUCUGACGAAGUCGCUCCGCCCAGCGCCCCGGCGUCGUCGCCGCCGCCUCCGCCCCCUGCGUCUGCGCCGGUUCAGCAGGCGGAGCGCGAGCGCGUGGUGGUCAUCACCUCCGAGAUCCCGCGGCAGACGGCCGCCGACUUCGUCCGGGAGUGGGCGGCGUUCCAUAAAAGUCAUCCGGAGGUGUACGAGCGCCGCGUGUGUUUCCUCCUGCUGCAGCUCUGCCACGGCCUGGAGCACUUGAAGGAGCACGGGGUCACGCAUCGCGACCUCUGCCUGGAAAACCUGCUGCUGGUGCCUCACCUCCGCAGCCGGCCCUCCAAGUUCCCCCAGCAGUCGCACGCGGACGGCGGCGGCGGGGACGGCCAGCGCCACCUCCCCCGGCUCCUCAUCAGCAACUUUGCGAAGGCCAAGCGGCGCUCCCCCGAGGACGCCGCCUCGACCAGCGCGGACCCUCGCGUCAAACGGGACCACGCCCGGCUGGCGCCCGAGAUCCUCUCGGCGGCGCAGUAUCGUAAGUUCGACGAGUUCCAGACGGGCAUCCUGAUCUACGAGCUCCUCCACCAGGCCAACCCCUUCGAGGCGAGCCCGGCCCUGACGGAGCAGGACUACCGCUGCGAGGAGCUGCCGCCCAUCCCCCCCCUCUCCCUCUACUCCGCCGGCCUCCAGAGGCUGGCGCAGCUGCUGCUGCAGCCCGACCCCAUCAAGCGCAUCCACAUCCAGGAGGCCAAGCGCGUCCUGCAGAGCCUGCUGUGGGGCCCCCGGAGGGACCUGAUGGAGCAGCAGCGGGAGCGCCAGCGGGUCGGCUCCGUGGACGGAGCGCGGCACGAGGGCCUCCUGAACUGGCUGGACGUGAAGCGGGCCCUGCUGAUGAUGAAGUUCGCCGAGCGUUCGCUGGAAGCCGAGAGGAACGCCGAGCUGGAGGACUGGCUGUGCUGCCAGUACUUCUCCUCGGCUCACCCGCUGUCGCUCUGCCGCACCGCCGAGCUGCUCUACGCGCCGCCGUGACGGAGCGAGCGGGGCGGAGCUGCUGCGCGAACGAGCGGACGGGAGAGAGAGCGACGGUUUCAGGUAACGUCCGGACGGGAGGGGCUGUGAACCUCCGCCCACCCGGACCGUCCACUCUCUCCCACACGGCGUCCUGCAGACACACGGCCUGUGAAGAGCAGCCGUGUCCAGAUGUUCUGGUGACAAACGAAUGAGACGCUCUGUGCCCGUGACGCACACGUCCGUAAAAGAAGGAGGAAUAUGAACCGUCUUCAUACUCCCGUAAUACACUGACCAAAGUUUCAUGUCUGACACACUUGUGUGUAUUUAUUAAAAAUCUAUUCUGAUAUUUCACCCACUGAGAACCGGCUCAUGCUUCAUCGGUUCUGUUGGCUUUGGAAGUCAUACGGCGUCGUCUCUACGUUAACCUGCAGCUAACUUCUCAUUUUAAUAGAAACAUGAGGUCCCUCGCAGACUGACACUUUUGCACCUUUAUGUCAUGUUUAUUCAUGAGCUCAUCGGGCUGGACGGUGUUCUUUGUAAACGACACAAAUUCCAAUUUCCUUGAACCUAUCCACAGGUAUUACGUAAUACGGUCUGGCUCCUCUAUAUCACAUGGAUGAUAAGACGACGUGAGAGACGCUUCUACUGAACGGAUGCCCAGUUUUUCCUUAUGCUUAUUUUUGAGUAUCUAUUUAAAUGUGUUUACAUUUGCCUUUUGUUCUUCGUAUUUGUUUCAGUGACCCAGAAGCCAAAUGUAAAUAUUGCCGAUCGUUCGUCCCUCGUGAAACUGGCCUUUCACCGGAUGUUCUAGAAACACCUUUGUACAGUAGUUUGUAUGAUAUUGGAAGAAGAAUGGUCUUAAAAAGCCCUGAAUAUGAGCAGGAGCUGAACAAUAUUUAUGAUACAAUCUGCUCUCCUGUAGUCGUCACUGGAAUUUCUCUGUUUAUUUUCAUAUGUGGAUGAUGGAGUUGUUUGUGUUGCGCAGCAGCCUGUUGCUCUGCUUCCCGGAAGCUUCAAGUUUGAGAAUUUUAUCUCUAAUUUAGGAAUUCUUAAAGUCCAGAAUUCAACCGCCGUCACCAGGUUUCAGUCCAGGACCGACGAAUGUUUCUAAUGUUGCAGAGAGGAAAACAAACCUGGUCAGAUCUCCCCACUGUACAUUAUUGUUUUUGUUUUGUGUGCCUCACCUAUCAAUAAACUGUGCAUAUAUUUUCUCAGUGUUA